AUGGAGCCAGUUCCCGAGACAGAGCGUAUGGAGGAGUUCCGUCCUACUCCUACACCUGCUCCCGCACCCGUAUCUGCCUCUGCCUCUGCAUCCUCAUUAUUGUCUGCGUCACCCUCCCUAUCUCCAGGAUAUCCAUCGCCGCGACUUCAGAGCCCCAGCGCCUUUUCCAACCUCAGCAUCGAAUUGCCUCGAAAGCCGCCAAACCUGAGACGAAGCACCGACCCCAGUCCGACAUCGCCAGCUUCACCAUCUUGGUCUGCGACACCCUUUCUUCCGUAUCGACCACGCACCACUUCUCCGCUCUCAGGCGCUCAUUCUAGGUCUCGUUCUACAACCAGCCUUGCGCCCCCAAUGUCUCGUACUCAAUCCAUGCCAGGCGUCAAUGGAUCAGGCCAUAUCCUUUUUUCGCCCCAGCACCGUCCUGGAAGCCCCUCUGGAUCACCUAGUAGAGUCCGCAUUCCGCGAAAGCCUGCCGAUGAAGCUUUCCCGCCAAUUUCUCCAGUUCGAACUUCAGUUCUCGAACCUGAGCAAAUGCAUGAGCGACGAAGUACCUCUCCCAUCAUGGGGGUUUCCACAAGCACCCCCGCCCGACUACGACGACCAUCUUCUCCUCUUCGAACAUUCACAUCUUCGAGCACUGGCUCUCUAGGCACAUUUCCAUCAACACCAUCCUCUUCGAUUUCCUCGACAUCCUCUUAUCGAAGCUACGAUGCCCUUUCCGGAAGCUAUGGCACGACUUACUCGUCGGUCCCCUCCACGCCAACAUCAACCAGGUCCCGAAGCCCCAGCAUCUCCAGCCUGGAAACAAUUCCCGACACGCCUGAUGCCGAAGAAGCAGCGCUGGAAGCUGAAAGAAUUGCCCAGCUCAAGGCCGAUGCAGAUGCUGCAGAGGGGAAUGAGUCCUCCGACCUGAAAGGCAAGGAUGGCCAGACGCGAGGCCGUACGAUGGGUUUUGGCUCCAGAGACAAGCGAAAGCGUUGGAGUGUGUGCGGUGCUGAGCGAAGAGGAGAUCUCGAUCUUGAGACUAUCUGGGAGGACUGA